AUUUUGGGUGAACUUUCAGGAAAAAAUCACCUGCUGACAACGAAAAACCCUCCUCCCCCCCCACACACACACAAAAUGACCAGUCUUCAAUGGUCAGUGAUCAGUAUGUUUCCAACUAAAACCAUGAAUGUUUACAUCUAGGCACAUUCUAGCAGUGACGUAACAACAGUAACAAAAGAUUUCGAGAAUAAAGUUGUGAUGUAUUGAGAAUUCUCCAAAUACUAAGUCAUAAAAUGUCACAAUAAAGUAAUGUUUUCCGAAACCGUAGUUUAUUUUUUGUUAUAAUAGUACAAUAAACAACAUGACAGUGAAGGGCAGUCUGAGCAGCUUCAUUGCAAGAUGUGGAGGAUUUUGUUAAAUCCAUAACAACAAUAUUUAAUAUCAAAUAUAAGAUACGCUUUAACUACGGGAAUCUUGAGCUGUUUUUGGGGCAGCAGUAAUGUUUAACAUUUACGCAUUUGCCAGACGUUCUAUCCAGCGCUACUUGCAGUGCAUUGGAGGUAUAUGUUACCUAGUUGAAGGAGAGUGCGGGUUAUGUCAGAGACUGAGGUCACUGUGUCCGUGGAGGACAUGGUGGUGAUGAAGGAUACUGAGGAAGAGGAUGCUGAGCCUGAUGACCAAAACAAGACUCAAGUCAUCCUGCAGCUGCAACCCAUCACACCCGGGCUUGGAGAGGAAAACACUGAGACUGAUGCUGCUGUUGUGGCGGUGGAGACACCAGAUGAGGAGUCUGCUGAAGGAGAGGAUUUAGAGCUGGGUUAUCCCAUCACGUGUGGCGAGAGCAAAGCCAUACUCCUGUUCAAGAAGUUUGUCUGCCCGGGAAUCAACGUCAGAUGUGUUAAGUAUGAGGAUCAGUUGAUAAGUCCCAAGCAGUUUGUGCACAUGUCUGGUAAAGCCACGCUGAAGGACUGGAAGCGAGCCAUCAGGAUGGGCGGAGUUAUGCUCAGGAGGAUGAUGGACUCAGGUCAGCUGGAUUUCUAUCAGCACAGCACACUGUGCACAAACACCUGCCGCAGCACCAAGUUUGACCUGCUGAUCAACAACACACGCUUCCCACCGGACGGCAGUGGGCUCAGCACACCCACCACCACUCAAGGCCAUGUUCCUGUUGGUAACGGAGGUCAGAGCGUCGCAGUUGAGGAGAACACAGAAGAUGUGGUGGGCACGGUGGAGUGGAGCACAGCCACGGUAGAAACCUCUGAGAAGAAGGAUGUACCUGACAUCUCAGAUGAGACGCUGAGUUUCUGGAGGGGUAUCGCCGAGGUGGGGCUGAUGGGUGAGGUGGUGUCUAAUAUCCGCUCGGAGCUGUUGGGUCUGCUGAGAGGAGUUCAGCUACGCAGUGAUCAGAGCUCAUUACAAGAUACAGUGCUCACUGAUGAACUUGUCUGUCCUGCAGAGAUCGCGGUUCUGAGCAACCUGGCUCAAGUCUUUGACCUGCUGGACUCCAUCAAACAAAUAGUGAAUGUCCGACGGCAGAUCACUGACCCAGAGCAGACGCAGGUCCUGCGAGCACUGACCGCAUUAGAACAGCAGAUAGAAGAGCAGAAGAAGCUACAGUCCCUCAGCUGGCUGUCUCAGUCUCAGGCCCUCAGCAGUGUGGCUUUUCCCUCCACCCCUCCAGCAAAACGCGCUCCCAAACGGCCCCGCCUCCAGCGGCCCGCAUCCACCACGGUGCUCAGCACAUCCGUAGCCCAACCUCUCGCCCUCCAGCCUCAACAGUUCACCGUUCUGUCCCCGAUCACCCUGUCAUCCAUCGGCCAGUCGUACGCAGUGGCCGGCCUCGCUCAACCCUCCAAUACUGUCACCCUUCACGCCUUGCCCCCGGGCUCACAGCUCUUCACGCGAAUCGCCAUGGCUCCCGACGGAAAAACAGAGGCCGUUGCCCUCCACCCCGCGUCCGGGCUCACGCUGCUGGGCACGGCGGCCAUGCAAGAGCACGGACAGAUGGGGACGGUGGAGCUGGUGCAGCUGACGCAGAAGGGAACCGCCGCCGGCGUCGCUCAGGACGGUCAGGUGGUGGCGGGCACAGUAGUGAUGCAGGACGGCGUCGUCAGGGUCGUGCAACAGGACGAAAACCAGGCUAACACCACCCUGAUCGAGAUCGACCCGUCGGACGGCGAUCACGGCGUGAGCGUCAUGGAGCUUCAGCUGGAGGGAAGCGCCGCCGGAGGAGAAGAAGAAGAGGAGUGCGGAGCGACCGUGGUGCACGGCGACGAGGAGGUGGUGCGAGGAGAAGUGGAGGAGGAGAUACAGCUGGAGGCCAACGGUCAGUUCCACAAUCUGCCGGUUGUAGUGGUGCAGGAAGAGACGCAGGACGCCGGCAAAGCCAAAUGAGACGCUCUGGCACAAACCGCCCUCAGAGACUGACAGAGCGGGUCAGACAGGGAAAGGGAUUGUGGCGUAGCAGGUGGAGCGCGCGUGUUUGCCGCUACAGCUGUCCUGUUUUUCAUGACUUACUUCCUGCACAGCCAAGCCUGACGUGUCCCGUAUUUGUCAAAGCAAGUUCAGUAUUCCUUUUUGUAUGAGAAUCGCAACAGUUUGUGACUUGUAGGAGCCCAAUCAGUAUUUGUGUUUGCUUUUGAGCUCGGAUGUUUCGGUUCAGCACUUAGUUCUCAUUUUUGUUGGUUUGGUGCCAAAAUAACAGAUCUCCAGUCUCAUGAAUGCCUCAUGCUCACUGCUGUUUAGCACACUCCAGUAGUUAGACUUGACACCGUCUAUGAUCUGCGUAGGGUAUAAAUGGCACUAAUGUUCAGUUAAGUGUAUUAGCACACGAGAGUUUGGACGUGUGACGAAUGUGUCUGAAAGGAUCCUGCUUGUCCUUCACCGAAAAUAAAUAGUUCUUCCUUUCCUUGUACACGACGGUCGAGUGAGCUGUGUGUUCAUCUGUUACAGAACCGGUAGUCAUGAGUUUACAGUGACUGGCGCUGCCUUGAUAUUAUUUAUGAUGAUCAUUUAUUGUAAGCAAUUUCUAAAAUACUUUCUAUAGAGGUUUAUAAAUUCUAUAAAAUUAACUUAUUACCGUUAGAGGAAGAACUCAAUAUAAAGAUUUGUAUUGUUUGCUCGCUCUCUCUCAUGUUUUUCUCAAAAACUGUUUACCGUCAUCAUGCAGGGGCUUGAAACAGUAAUCUGUAUGAAUCCCGAAGCCGCGUGAGACUUUCAGAACAGACUCAAGUCGAAGGCUUUGAAUGUGUGUGACUAAAAUUGGAAGAGCUGAACAGAAAGCAGUUAGGAUUUUUUUGGUAUGUAGUGACUUGAGGUCAUUGUAACACUUCGGAUUACAGCAUGCAAGUUGUAUAAACUACUUUUUGGUUAUGUUUACUGGAGUUUAAGAGCUUAAUUAGGUAUUUGAUUUUAAUUCAAAUAUACUAUCGUUUUCCCCUUUGUUAUUGGAGAGACUGAUUAUAGAAACCCCUUUGAUGUCUUUCUUGAGCCCCCUCAUAUGGAUUGAAAUGACGGAAUAAGUGAUUGACAGGCCAUCCAGCCAAUCUCAAGGCGUAACAGCUCCACUUUCACAGACCAAACCUGAAUAAAUGUAAAAAGAGAGAAUUGUUUUGUUGAAAUACUAAUUAAACAAUAAAGACUUUAUCUCUUUAAACUCGUUACAG